AUGAGUCAACUCACCAAGGAGAGCAAAGACCCGGCCAUUAAUGUUACCACCUGGUUUCUUCUGGUGACAGCAGUCCUAAGUGUGAUAUUUAGACUGGGAACCAAAUAUCAUAUUUUUCGGAAGCUCACCAGUGAUGACUACCUUAUUAUUGCCUCUCUAGUUUUCUGCAUCGGGCAAUCAAUCACAAUUUCAAUUGCUGUCACAAACGGAUAUGGAGAGCACUUGUCCACAAUCAGUGCCAUACAUCUCCAAGGUAUUAUGAAGGCUCAAUAUUCCGCAUCUUUCCUAUACACCAUGAGCUUGUACUUUUCGAAAAUAUCCAUCUCUGCCUUUAUUAGAAACCUUACACCCGUAGAUAAGGAUCAUUUGCUUGCGACCAUACUACAGAUCCUGAUCACGGUCUGGAUGGUUGUGGCGGUAUUGGGGACCGCUUUUCAAUGCAAAGUCCCCAAUCCAUGGGAUUAUAUCGAGGGGAAAUGUAUUCAGCUGGUUGGCUGGCAUUAUUUUCUGUCAGCCACCAAUAUCGCAACAGACCUUUUGCUCAUCACCCAGGCCCUAUUUCUGAUAUUUCGGAUUCAGGCCUCACUGCAGAAAAAGGCCGUUUUCGCCAGUAUUUUCAUGACCCGCAUAUUUGUCAUUGCUGCCAUUAUUGCAGAUAUCAUCCUAACCCAUGAUACAGCGCAGUCUCACGACCAAACCUUUAACGAUUUUAAAGUGACCAUCACCAUGCAGACAAUCCAGUGCACAAGUAUCGUCACAGCAUGCUGGGGCCAGCUUAAACCAUUUCUUAACCAAUUCAAGUCCAACGGGUUGCGUAUCCAAGGCGUUGAAUAUGAAUCAUCCUUCAAAACCCAGUAUUCUCGGUACAUAUACGAUACGAGUACCAUGGGAAGCAAGCGCGGACAUCAUCCUCUCGUACCAAUUCCUCUUGAUCAGGGAAACACGACAACGGUAUCUGCCUUGCCCUCCUGGGAUGCGGGCAGUCAAUCGAGUCAGGCCCAUAUUGUCAUCCGUGAGACGCGUUCCUGGGUUGUGACUGGCGCUCGAUCCAGCGGGAGCUCAUGA